AUGGCGCUUCACUUCCUCGCGGGUGUUGUUCUCACGGCACCUCAGCAGCAACGUGUCGCGGGCGACAUCAGGCCAUUUAAGAAGGUUCCAACCGACUUUACCGGCUGCUUUGAACCUGAUGUCAUACCGCUGCUCCCUCCCGUCUCCGGUCCCAUCGGAGGAAAACACUGGCAAAAUGACAUGCUGUUUUCGCCGCCUUUACAAGAUGCCACAAAAUGGAGAGAACUACACUAG